AUGUGCUCUGAAUGUAAAUGUGACUCUCUUCAAAUGAGGUCUUCCUACAAUGAUUUACACCCGCGAAAAUUUUGUGGACGAUAUAGUUACAACUACUUACAGGGAUAUGCCUUCAACGUCGAUUGGGAAGCGGGAAUUUUUGAGGAUAUUUCUGCACCAACGAUCUACCUUCGUUUCGUGUCGGAUGACACAGUACAUUACACAGGAUUUAAUGUUACCUUUAUAGCCGCGUCCAGGAGAGGUAGGUAAUAGCCGAGCAAACAAAAAACGAGAAAACGAACAAAAGGUCAUCCAUCCAACAAGAAAGCAGGAAAAACAUAAAAUAUUUUGAUAUUGAGGUAGUGAAAGAAAAGCCUUGGAGUAACUUUCCUGAUAAACUAUUAUACAACGACAAAAUGUCACUUGGGAUGAUGCAAAUCACACGUCCCUAGUCCCUGGAAGACUCGCCCCUCUACCAUAUGCAUUCUAAUGGUAAUGUACUAUAUAAUCUUCAUCCAUUUUAUUACUAGCAAGAUCUGAUGGAUAAGUUAGUCAGCAAGUAAAUAAACAUGAGCGAGUCUUCAUUGAAACUGAGGGCGUGUUGAAUGGGGCAAAUUUUCAAGGAUUCUGUUUUAAGAAUAUUGCUGAAAAAUACUUUGUUUUCAUCAAAUAUGUAACCUUUACUGAUUUCGUUAAAUCCUCGUGUGGUAACAGACUACUUUCAUUUUGUAGAGGGUAAAGAAAACUAUCUGAAUGCAACCGAAGAUGAAACUAUUGAGUUUGGCACACCAAAGGUCGACGUUGAGAACUACCCCUCAAAUUACGCAGAACAGUGGAUUUUAAUCGUCCCUGAGGGACGCAAGGUCCAAAUAGAAUUCGACAUUUUGAACUGGAAGACAGUGAGGGCUGCAGAAACGAUUAUGUUGAGUUCCGUGAAGCAUCUAUCAUAG